AUGGAUGUAGCUAAAUUAGAAUACGCCGCGAAACAGCUACAAAAGAAUUUGAAGUUGAUCACCAAACAGGCCCCUGACAUUUAUCAGUUGAAAUUAGUGGUUGACAGUUUGGACUCUGGCGCUGCUAUUGAAUUCCAGCAUAAUGAAUUGAUUACUAUGGCGGCUAGAAUUAAAUCAAGGUACAAGAUUGGAAAAUUGCCUAUUUUUGAUGAAAUCAUCACCGGCAAGAUUGGCAUGACUGAUACUGAUAUGGAACUGCUUAAACAAUUACAAGAAGAAAACUUAGUAUGUGAAGUGCCUCCUAUAAUUAACACUGCACAAGCUGAUGGCGUUGACUCUUCUGACCUUCCUCCACUACCGCCUAUUCGUGACCCUGUACUUGAAGCCAGGGUCUUCACUCAUAGAUCAUACAUGAACAACCGUUCACUGACAUCCGAGGAAACUACAAUCAAUGGCCACAACGAACGUCUUGAAUUCCUCGGUGAUUCCAUUCUAAACACAUUAGUCACAAUAAUCAUCUAUAAUAUGUUCACCACUGCAUCUGAAGGUCAAUUGCUGAAGAUUAGAUCUGAUCUAGUCAACAACAAGACCUUGGGUCAUUUUUCAUUAGCUUAUGGAAUGGAUAAACGACUCAAAACUUCCAUCGUUGACUUGGCUGUGACUCCUGAUCAAAAGCUAUUUGCCGAUGUAUUUGAAGCAUAUAUUGGGGCCUUGGCCGUGGAGCGCGAUCUUGAUCUUGAAGAUAUUCGUCAAUGGUUGGACCAAUUGUAUACUCCCAUGCUUAACAACUUGCGGGACACAUAUAUCAAACCUCCAAUUGACCGUGAGGCCAAGACGCAAUUGUACUCCAUGAUUGGUACCAAUGAAUCCCACCCGCAAUACAGAACCAUUCAGCAGGGGAAUCCCGUUACAGGCGUGGAUUUCGUGGUUAAUUGUACCAUGGAAGGUGAACUUCUCGGAUCUGGAUCUGGUAAUUCAAUCAAGGAAGCUAGUCUUCGUGCUGCCAUGGAUGCAUUGUCUCAUGAAGAGAAGUUGGAAAAGUACUAUCUUCACAGACAAGAAAUCGAAUUACCCAUUCGUAAACGUCGUAAUGAAUUAAAGGAACUCAAACGGGAAGAGAAGCUUAAGCAGAUUCAACAGGAAUUAGCCGAAGCGGCAAAAUUACCCCCAUUGCCACCGCCAUCACCUAUCCGUACCAGUUGCUUCCCAUUAGAACCAGAUUAUUCCUUGCCAUUGGAUCAUGAGGCUAAAAAUGAGUUGUAUGCAUUAAUCGGUAAAAAAGCUCGGGUUCAACCAACAUACAUUGUUUCAAAAACCAGUGAUAAUAAACAUAUUGUUACGUUGAAGAUUAGAGGGGUUACAAUUGUUUCAGCGGAAGACUCUUCCAAGAAGAAGGCCAUGAGUCGUGCUGCUAGAACUUUGUUAAAUCAUAAAGAAGCAAUGUAUGAGAUUUCCAAGAGUUUUUAG